CACCGGAACCGGAGAAGGGCGACAAGGCGUUUUUUGGGGGGAGCGUCCGCACAUACUCGCUUGCAUCGGGCCGAGGUUGAAAAGUGUUUCGGACUCGGGGCUAGUCGCUCGCUAUGCCAUCCAUCUCUUGGAAAGUCAGGAAGUGAAGGCAUGCAGUCGUUGCGGCUCAUGCUUUAAAAGUCGGCCGUUGUCUUGCUUUCUUUUACAUGCGGGGCGACUAAAUUGGAUAACAAAGGGGAGGGUGAGCAACAAGUGGAGUGUGUCGCGGAGAGGCCGACGUUCGUCCCCGUCACCCAGCCAUGGAAGAGCAAAAGGAGGCCAGCAGCGGCCGGGACUCGACCGAAGACGAGAGCGUGUCCCUGUCGCCCAACCUGCCUUCCCCCGCCGUUAUCCUACCGCACCAAGCCGCCCAGCAGGCUCACAGAACCACCAACUUUUUCAUUGACAACAUCCUUCGGCCAGACUUCGGGUGCAAAAAGGAGCCGGGCUGUCGCGAGCGGAACCAGACGGCGGGCAGAGAGAACGUCAACCCGCUGGCGGCGAGGCCGCACGCCAGGAGCCUCUGCUUGGACUCCAAUUGCAGCAGCGAUAGCGCCUCGUCGUCGCCGUCCUCGUCGUCGUCCUCGUCCUCGUCGUCGCCCUCUUCCAAGCAGAACUCAGCCAAACCCGAAGCGGCGAACAACGGGAGCGGCAGGUACGCAGACAGCCCCUCGGCCAUCGUGGUGAUGAACGGCGGCAACGGAGCGUCGCUGGCCGCCGCGCAGAAGGAGCAGCCCAGCAUGCUAUGGCCAGCUUGGGUGUACUGCACGCGCUACUCGGACCGGCCCUCAUCUGGGCCGAGGACACGAAAACUGAAGAAGAAGAAGAGCAGCAAGGAGGACAAGCGGCCCAGGACGGCGUUCACGGCCGAGCAGCUGCAGAGACUGAAAGCCGAGUUCCAGGCCAACCGCUACAUCACGGAGCAGCGAAGACAGUCGCUGGCCCAGGAACUCAACCUGAACGAGUCCCAGAUCAAAAUCUGGUUCCAGAACAAGCGGGCCAAGAUAAAAAAGGCCACGGGCUACAAGAACGGCCUGGCGCUGCAGCUCAUGGCCCAAGGACUGUACAACCACUCGACCACCACCGUGCAGGACGAGAAGGAGGACAGCGAGUAGACGCGCACGCGCAUUACUACUAUAUGGACAACCAUCCUUGCGUUCUAAAGUUUAUAUAGCCGCUGCAGUUAUCAUGUGGUACACGAGUAUAUUUAAUUACACCCUCCACCCCACCCCGUUUCUCAUCCCGUGGUUGUUUUGAAGAUGCAGAAAUGUGCCCCCUUCAUGUUUUCUUCACACAUCGCAGUCUCAGAGAAGCCAAAGAUUUUCAUAUGUUCACGUGUAUGGAUUAAAAAUGUACAAUUAAAAAAAGGAAGAAAAAAGAGAGCGCGAGGCGACCUCGCUGGACUUAUUACCCCCUCCCCCCACUAUUUCGUUUUAGUUGUGGACUCACGGAGUUGUUUGUUGUCUGGCGGUGUGCUAGCGGAGGAAGCCCAAAUAAUGCUUAAAAGACUGUUAAUUAGUCAUUGUGCGGGAUGCGCUUUUUUGAAAAUUACAAGGGAGACAAA